GAGGGACCGCAGGGUGAUCGUCGACUGAAGUUCCCUCUUCCACUUCCUCCCUCCUUGCAACCUGCUGUUCUGAUACCCACAUUUGCCCAUCCCUCCCUGCUGUUUGCCUUGGCCUGACUUCCCUUUGCCUCGGGCAGUGUCCUCCGACACGGGUCUAGAGCCAUGCAAGCCAUCAAGUGUGUCGUGGUGGGAGACGGGGCUGUGGGAAAAACCUGUCUCCUAAUCAGCUAUACCACCAAUGCCUUCCCAGGAGAAUACAUCCCCACUGUGUUUGAUAACUAUUCUGCCAACGUGAUGGUUGACAGCAAGCCUGUAAAUCUGGGACUGUGGGAUACUGCAGGACAAGAGGAUUAUGACAGGCUGAGGCCACUCUCUUACCCACAGACGGAUGUCUUCCUGAUCUGCUUCUCCCUUGUCAGCCCGGCAUCUUACGAAAACGUCCGUGCUAAGUGGUUCCCUGAGGUGCGGCACCACUGCCCAAGCACUCCCAUCAUCCUUGUGGGCACAAAGCUGGAUCUCCGUGAUGACAAGGACACCAUUGAGAAGCUGAAGGAGAAGAAGCUAUCCCCCAUAACUUAUCCUCAGGGUCUUGCUCUGGCCAAGGAAAUAGACUCUGUGAAAUACCUCGAGUGCUCAGCUUUAACGCAGCGUGGCCUCAAGACGGUGUUUGACGAGGCCAUCCGAGCAGUCCUGUGCCCACAGCCCACCCGGACAAAGAAACGGGCAUGCAGCUUCCUCUAAGCAAAUCCCGGCCUCAUCCUGAUGCCAGGCGCUGCCCAGCACAUAGGAGUGAUGGCUCCAGCAACCCGGAGCUCAGCACCUUGGGACGGUUAUUGCUUUUUACUUUUGCCAGCUUGAAAGACUGCCGUGUGUCUGUAGCACUGGUUUGUUCACAGAACAUCCCCUCUCUCACCUCUCCUGACCACCUGCCUCUUCCCUUCCUUCCGGGCCCCUGAGGUUACGACGUGGUGUAUAAGACCCAAUAAAGAGACUGUACGU